GACCCCAAAAAAAUACAAUAUAAUUGUCCUCUAUCUCCGUCCCUCCACAGUCGGCAAGAAUAUCAUGCAUUCAUCCCUGAUCCUGAUUAUGCUAUUAGUUGCCUCCGCGAGACUCCCUUGCGUGUACGGCAACACUAUAAGAGCAGCCGACAUGGAAACCGCUAAGCGCCUACAAGGCUACCAAAAACGAGGCUACCAGUGGCCUGUCCUAGAGUUCGUUCCAAACACCCCCGGCUGGAAGAAGCUAAUGGAAGACCGGCUUGAGCAGAUUUCCAACAUCGAAGACCCCGCAGAGCGCUUCAAGGGCUACACUGCCACAAUGUAUUCCGGCAUAGUAAUUCAAAACUACACCGAGCAUGGCUUUGCCCGGACCCGCAUCAGCGAAUCCCUCCUGAAGGAAUUGCAGCAGGGCAUUCGUGACGGAUUCGAAGACCGCGUCAACGAGGGGUACACGCCAAGCAUCACCGGCAACCAGGCCUGGCACAUCCAACGGGACGAUCUCACCCAAAAAGUUGAGGACGAACUCCACGACAAGCUCGAGGAGUGGGGAAGGGUGGAUCUCGAUCUGACCUACGUGUAUGGCCUGCGCCUGUUUCGCAACACGACCACCAUUAAGAUGCACUUGGACAAGAAGGGGUCGCAUUCCAUGGGAUACGUGUUGCACGUCGAUUCCAGCGACGACUACGACUCGGAUGGCGACCCAUGGCCAUUUCUCAUCGAGGAUUUCCAUGGAAGGACCCACGAAAUAACCAUGGUCCCAGGCGACCUGAUUCUCUUUGAAGGUACGUUUGAACCAAACCCGUCCAAACUGUGGUUUUUGGUAGUGUCCACAACGAUAAAACUGCUCGAACCUCACAUUGUUCUGUUUGAUUUUCAUUGUAUAUGACACAAAAACAAAUCGAAACAGCCGCAAAACUAGUUCACGGUCGUCCUCAUCAGCUUAACGCAACCUGGUAUUGUAACGUUGUCGGUCACUACUAUCCUCGGGACGAGACGUGGGCCUCUAUGAACCACGUAGCGGAAGCGGAAUACGCCGUCCCACCGAAGUGGGCAAACGAGCCUUCUGGUAGCAGCAAAGCCGACGAUGCCAUGGUGAGAGAAAUCCAGUUCCGGGGUGGAUUAAGAGAGCCCGGUUGCAUGGAUGGGUGGUGCCGAAGCACAUCUCUCGAGCGGAUUCAAUGGAAGGGACCCUCCGGACCCUCCACCCACUGGAUCGACGCCAACGGAGAAUCGCACGAAUUCAUGGGACGACUAAAGCAAAAAGAAGAACAAAAAGCGGUAGAACUAUGAGAAUAUAUGCUCCGUAGAAAU